GCUGAAUUGAAGAGGGCGCUGCAAGCCUUCCGCGCCGAUCAGCCCGAGUCGUUGCGAACAUGCUGGCGCUGCGAAGAAACCACGCGCUGACAGCGCAAAUGCGGCGACAUAAUGCGCCAGUCUUCCGCAUCUUACGCCUCUCGACUCGAACUGAUGCGCAGAUCUCGUCCACGCUCAGCCACGUGUCGGCAGCAUCAGUGGCCGUUCCACUGUCGCUAAAGGAACGACUCACGAUCUACAGUCAGUUGUCGAAGGCGCGAUUGAGCGCGUUGGUGGUGCUCACUGCCGGCUCGGGGUUUUUCAUGAUGGGUGGUCCCAUUUCGUGGUCGGCGUUUGCUGCGCUGUCCGUCGGCACAACCUUGGCCGCAGCAAGCGCCAACACGUUCAACCAAGCUUGGGAAAUCAAGACCGACUCCAUGAUGAAACGCACGAUGACGCGUCCGCUUCCACGUGGCGCGAUUACGAGGAAUCAUGCCGUUGCCUUUGGCGCCGCGACUGCCGUCACCAGUACCGCGUUGCUCGCCGCCGCGUGCAACCCUUUGACGGCGUCGUUGAGUCUGUUCAACAUCGGACUGUAUUCGCUCGUGUACACUCCCAUGAAGCAAACGUCCGAAUGGAAUACAUGGGUCGGGGCACUUGUCGGCGCGAUCCCACCCGUCAUGGGUGUCACGGCUGCGAACGGCAUGCUGUUGUCCCCAGAAGCCAUGCUAACCGGUGCCGCCUUGUUUAUGUGGCAAAUGCCGCACUUUUUUGCGCUCAGCUGGCGAUUGCGCCACGACUACGCACGCGGUGGGUACAAGAUGAUCCCGUGCGCCGAUCCGACCGGUGUCCGCACUUCUGGGGUGAUCAUGCGGUAUGCCUUGGGCUUGACAGCGCUUCCUGUGGCGGCCGCGGCAUCGGGGGCCACGAGUUACAUGUUUGCGCUGGAAGGUCUUGCGAUCAACGCGUAUGCGGUCAACCUGGCGCGCAAGUUUUAUGCAGCGCCGUCGACGGCAAACGCGCAAAAGGUGUUUUUGUGCUCGUUGUGGUAUCUCCCGGCCGUCCUCGGCUUGAUGGUGUUCCAUAGCAAGAAUUGGGACGAAGAAACCGCCGAGGCAAAGCAGCUCCAGCAUGAGCCGUUGCUUCAGCUGGUCGAAGGCAGCAGCGAGACCAACCAGACCGCGACAGUUGCCGUCGAUGCGUGGACGCGCCGUGUGAAUGAAGUCAAGUCGUAUCUGAAAGAGGUCUGCGUGCACGAGUACUUGUGGAAGCCGACCAACUCGACGGCCGUCAAAUCGGACGACUCGCACUUGUUUUGCCCCAUCGUCGUCACCGAGUCGGCCCUCGACACAGUGCACACCACACGAGCUUUGACAAAGGACAUGUCCCAGCCCACCCAUUGAGUGCAUCGAUUCAAGACACGAUGUCACGAUGGACCAAGCCUUGAGAUACCCCGCGCGUCGUUGCUGUUGAUCGUUGGCGACUUUGUCGAAGCAGACGUGCGGCGUGCGCUUUGUUUUCUUGGUGUAGCCGAGUAAAGCUGUUGCAUGCAGCUCGAGCUAAUGCGACGUACAUGUACCAUGCCAAGUAUCGG